CUUCUUCGUUAAUAGACGGUGACUUUUAACUAAUCCACUUUUUAAAACGUUUUUAAUUUUUGCACAUUUUCACACUUAAUCUUCUUAAAUGUUUUCUUAAACAGAAUUAAAAAUAUUUAAAUCAUUUAAAUUCGAAAAUUGGGUCAAUGUCUCUUUGACUUCAUCGUCGAUUAAGGGAGAAAGAGAGAGAGAGUGAGAGCUGAGAAAAUCACCAGAAAGCUACUUGAGAGAGAGAGAUAGAGAUAAGUGAGCUCUGAGAAAAUCCAGCAAUGGCUUCGAAGCUUGUAGUGAUAAUUGUGUUUAUCCUCGAUCUCAUCGCCGUUGGGUUAGCCAUUGCCGCCGAGCAGAGAAGAAGUGUCGGCAAGGUUGAAACAGACAGAGACAAGCAAUAUGAUUACUGUGUGUAUGGUACUGACAUUGCUACAAGUUAUGGAGCUGGUGCAUUUGUUCUUCUCUUUGUAAGCCAAGUCCUUAUUAUGGCUGCUAGUCGUUGCUUCUGUUGUGGAAAGUCUCUUAACCCUGGCGGUUCAAGAGCUUGUGCCAUUAUUCUCUUCCUCAUUUGCUGGGUGUUUUUCUUGAUCGCUGAGAUGUGUUUGCUUGCGGCAUCAAUCAGAAAUGCGUACCACACACAGUAUAGAAAGAUGUGGAAAGUUGAAGAUCCACCAAGCUGUGAAGUUAUAAGGAAAGGAGUUUUUGCAGCUGGUGCUGCAUUCACACUCUUCACCGCCAUUGUCUCUCAGUUCUACUACGUUUGCUACUCUCGUGCUAGAGAUGCGUACCAGAAUCCCUCCUACUAAAAAUGUCAACUUCCACAGCAAGCAAACGUUUAAGCAUCAAGAGUUGGAAUUUGUCUUUUUGUGUUUGUUUAGUAUUGUCCAGUGUUUAGUUAUCCUAUCAGGAUGUUUAGGUUUUAUGUUGUCUCUUAAGCAAACACUGAUAUGUUAUAUUCUAAGAUUCGUAUAUUGUUAUGUUCUCUGUUGUAAUGUGUGAAUGAAUACUAAAGAAUAGAAAACCAUGAUUUGUUGUGAUCACUGUUUUAUUGGUUUGGGUUGACAUGCCUGAUUUGGGAACAAUGAAUGAUAUUAAACUAGAACUGAAUUUUUCCGGUUUAGUUUGGUUUUUAUU